AUGAUGAUGGAUCCAUAUUACAGAGUUAAAUCUGAUAUUCACUAGCGUAGACCUGCUUAUGGCAUAUUGAUGGCUGUUUGGACAGUAUUCAUGGCCACACUUGCCGGCUAUUUCGGUUACUAUGCCUUUAACAUUGAGAACAAGAACCAGUGCUUCGUUAAAGAUGAUGAAUCAUUGCCAAUCAGUCCGAUUCCAGUAGGCAUCACAGAGAUAGAAGGAGUUAUUGAUGUUAGUCGUGAGUUUGAUCAAGUGAUCAGCAUUUUCUUCUUGCAAAGCGUGACAGGCUCAUUCAUUGGAUUCUACCAUGUACUCUCUAUUUUCUUAUUCCCCAUACUUCUGAAAUUCUCUUAUCCAGUUGGUCUAUUCAACAAACUAAAUUUAGUUUUUGGAGUGGGGUGCCUUAUUUUCAUGCAUUUGGUCAGAUUCGGUCAUGGUGGAAAGGUGUGUUCAGGCGACUAUCUCCCUGAGGAAGUGCUAGACUAGGGAGGACAGGUCGAGGGUUACCUUGUCAUCCGAGGUAAUUUAAUGAGCUGGUAUGUAACAGCUUUUUGGAUUAUUCUAGGAGUGAUCACGAUUACUGUCGCAAUUAUAGUUAUUGCAGCACUUAAAUCAUAUACUUGA